AUGUCAUCAAACAGUCAACCCUCUCAAAUUACCUACGACACCAAAUUUAUAUUUGAAGAAACUCGAGGUGAUUUAUUUAAUGAUGCACCAGAAAAUUCAAGUUUGGCUCAUUGUGUAUCAGCUGAUUUUAAAAUGAGCAAAGGUAUAGCUAAAAUAUUUAAAAAAAAGUUUAGCACACGAGGAUUAUUUGAUCAAAAUAAAAAAGUUGGUCAAGUCGCAACACUUUAUAGAAAUAAUCGAUAUAUUUUUUAUAUUAUUACAAAACAAAUAUUUUCCGAUAAACCUACAAGAGAAGAUUUUGUAUUGGCUCUCAAGGAUUUAAGAAGAGCUUGUGAAGAUAAAAAUGUUAAACUUUUAUGUUUACCUAGAAUUGGGACUGGGUUGGAUAAACUGCCUUUGGAAUUCGUGCAUCGAACUAUUAUAAAUGUAUUUGAUGGAUAUGAAAUGAAGAUGAUAAUGUAUUACUUGUGA